AUGAAGACCGUCACCGGAAGAGUUAUCAGUGCCGAGCCAGUCUCCCUCUCCACGGCGGCUAAUAUUCUCUCCAAAUUCGUUUCCUCUAAGAACGGCGCCUCACAAGACGUUGGCGCUUACCUCCGACGCGCCUCCGAUGCCUUCACCGAAUUGAAGAGCUUCCACAGGGAGAUUAACUCGUCUUCCUCAAAGGAGAAGAAGCCAAAAUCGGACGCAAGGAGUGAGCUGAAUCGGAAUGCAGAACCGGAGGGUGGAGCUAAGGGGAUUGAUGGUAUGGUGGAAAAGCAGGAAGUGAAGGAGAAGCUGGAAGAACAGCAAAAGAGUGAAAAGAGAAAGGAGAAGAAGAAGAAGAAGAGCAAGACGAAGAAAGAAGAAGAUGUUGUUGAAGAGGAGGUGAGGGUGAAGUUGGAAGAAGAGCAGAGGAGUGAAGAGAGAAAGGAGAAGAAGAAAAAGAGCAAAAAGAAGAAGGAGGAAGAUGUUGUUGCCGUUAAGGUGGAGGAGAAGUUGGAAGAAGAGCAGAGGAGUGAAGAGAGAAAGGAGAAGAAGAAGAAGAGCAAAAAGAAGAAAGAAGAAGAUGUUGUUGCCGAGGAGGUGAAGGUGAAGUUGGAAGAAGAGCAGAGGAGUGAAGAGAGAAAGGAGAAGAAGAGGAAGAGUAAUGGAGAGACUGGUUCGGAAGAGAGGCAGAGCAAGAAAAGGAGGAAAUCAAAGGAGAUUGAUGGUUGA